ACAGGCACACACAGAAACACUGUCAGACAGGCGGAGGAUAGAGCAACACUGGUACUGAACGUGGGAAGAGGAGGAUAAACCUAUAGAGUCACAGAAGGUGAAAACAGGAAGGAUAAGGAAGGGACGAUACGGAAGGUGACGGAGAGCAAUAAGAGGAGAGCCACUGUGUGAAGGAAGUCAGCCAAGCACUCAACCAAUCAAGCUACUCCAGCAGUUGCCACACUGUCUGGAGAGACAUCCCUCCGUCUGUCUGCCUGUCUGCCAGUCUUCUUCACGUGCGGUUGUGUGUCUAAAGUGCCAACGUGUCGAAGUGUGUUUCAAAUUAUUACCGAGGUGAGUCCAAGAAAGUGUCACUGAGCGAAAUAAGAGAAUAACAAGAUGGCCCCCAAGAAGAAGGCCUCUCGCGCUAAGAAGGAGGGCAUGCCCGAGGUUAUCCCAGAGGCUCCCGUGGUGAUUUCACCAGCGCCACCCUCCGAGACCACCACCACCACCACCACCACCACCCCCGAAACCGUCAUCCCGCCACCCGCCUCCGACGCCGUGUUCGUCUCCGAGGGCGUGAAGAAGAUCGAGGCCCCUCUGAACGUGGAGCACCUGAACCGCCUCAACGGCCUGCCCCUCCCACUGCCCCUGCCUCCGCCAUUCCUCCGGCCCGGAGAGAGGGGCCUGGGCAUCGGCCAGGAGCUGACCCGGCCCCUGCACGGCUCGGCCAUGCUGGAGGAGCUGAGCCGCAUGCGGCAGGAGCGCUUCCUCACCGACAUGGAGCUGGCCUGCAAGACCAAGGCCUUCGACGUCCACAAGCUGGUCAUCUCCUCCGUCAGCCAGUACCUGCGGGAGGUGCUGGCCAAGGACCCCGGGCUCAAGCGGCUGGAGCUGCCCACACUCUCACCCCUGGGCCUGGCUAAUGUGAUCACCUUUGCCUACCUGGGUCGUGUCCACAUGUCCCUGUACACGGUGGGCUGCACGCUGUGGGCCGCCAUGGUGCUCCGCAUCCCCCACCUGCUGCAGAUGUGCAGCGACUUCCUGCUGUCUGAGCUCAGCAUGCAGACGUGCGUGUACAUCUGGAACAUGGCCACUGCGUACGGGCUGGCGGUGGUGAGGGACGCCUCUCGCCGCUACGUGCUCCAGAACUUCGCCCAGUUCACCGACACGCCGCAGUUUAACCAGCUCACCCUGGAGCAGAUCGCAUCCUUCCUACAGGACGAUAACCUAGUGCUGCCUACUGAGAUCACUACUUUCCAGGUGGCCAUGAAGUGGCUGGACUUCGACCCCCAGCGCCAGGCCCACGCGGCCGAGGUGCUGUCCCACGUGCGCUUUGAGACCAUCCCCGCCAACGAGCUGGUGAGCGAGGUGCAGCCAGUGGCGCGCAUGAUGAUGGACCCUCAGUGUCACCGCCUGCUGGUGGACGCCAUGAACUACCACCUGCUGCCCCACCAGCAGAACCUGCUGCAGUCCAGGCGCACCGCCGUGCGCGGCAGCCAGGUGGCGCUGCUCACCAUCGGUGGCAGGCCGUCACUCACGGAGAGGACACUCAGCCGUGAGGUCCUGUGGAGAGACCCGCGUGAAGGUGGUGCCACCUGGCGUCACCUGACCCAGCUGCCGGCCAAGAGCUUCAACCAGUGUGUGGCGGUCAUGGACGGCUUCCUGUACGUGGCCGGAGGAGAGGACCAGAACGACGCCCGCAACCAGGCCAAGCACGCCGUCAGCACCCUCAGCAGGUAUGACCCGCGCUUCAACACCUGGCUACACCUGGCCAGCAUGCGGCAGAAGCGCACCCACUUCAGCCUGGUGGCCACUGGGGGGCGCCUGUUCGCGGUGGGCGGCCGCAACACCGAGGGCCUGCUGGCCACCAUCGAGAGCUACACGCCCUCGACCAACGUCUGGCAGCUGCGCGCGCCCAUGGAAGCGCCCCGCUGCUGCCACUCCAGCGCCACCAUGCCCUCCGGCGACAUCCUGGUGACCGGCGGCUACGUCAACUGCGCCUACACGCGCUCCGUGGCCGCCUACAGCCUGGAGAGCGACAGCUGGAAAGAAGUGGCGCCCAUGGAGACCCCCAGAGGCUGGCACUGCAGUGCCACGCUGGAGGGACGGGUGUACGUUGUGGGUGGCAGCCAGCUGGGCUCCGGAGGUGAGCGCGUGGACGUGCGCACCGUGGAGGUGUACCAGCCCGACUCGGGCACCUGGAGCCGCGUGGCCCCUCUGCCUCUGGGGGUGAGCACGGCCGGGCUGUCGGUGCUGGGAGGCCAGCUGUUCCUGCUGGGCGGCUGGAACGAGGCGGAGAAGCGCUACAAGGCCGCUGUGCAGCGCUACGACCCCAAGACGGACGCCUGGGCGGCCGGAGAGGAGCUUCCGGAACCCACCGUGGGCGUGUCCUGCUGCGCCCUGGCCCUGCCCCCGCGCCACGUCACCCGGCGACACCGCAACACGCCCAACUCCACCGGCAACGUCAACAACAGCAUCAACAACAACGUCAAUACCGUCAAUAAUAAUGUGAUCAUCUGCCCGCCACAUCCUGUCAUCUCUUUCCAGUGCGAGCAGCUGCAGCAUACCUUUGCCUAAGCGAGAAGAGAGAAUGGAGGAGAGGAAAAAGGGAGAAAGGAGAGAGAGUUACCGAUGAGAAUAUGAUGGAGUGGUAGAGGGAGGAGGAGGAGGAGGAGGAGGAGGCAGAGGAUGAAGAGUGAGCAAGGGCGCAAGGCAGAGAAGAUGAGUGUUGAGGUAAUUGAGGAGUAUUCGUGGUUUUGAUUCGGAGCAAUCAAUAAAGCCAGGGCCCACGUCAUUAAAGAAUGUGAAAUGACCUAACUGAAGUCAGCAUUCAGUGUGUACAACAUUAGCACGGGAAAAAUCUGUGAUGUAGCAGUCAAACACUGGGUGACUGGUGAACUGUGUGUGUGUGUGUGUGUGUGUGUGUGUGUGUGUGUGUGUGUGUGUGUGUGUGUGUGUGUGUGUGUGUGUGUGUGUGUGUGUGUGUGUGAGUGAGAGAGAGAGAGACAGAGUGAGUAUGAGUGUAUGUGUGUGUACGUGUGUGUGUGUGUAUGUGUGAGGUGUGUGAGACAAUAGGUGUUUAGAGUGUCAGUGAUGGGAGAUGUGAUAGUGAAGCGUGUGUUGAGAGACUGAACAUGCACAUUGAAGACAGUAUGAAAGAAGUUUAGCAUUUGAGCCUCUAUGUUUUUUUUGACAAAUAUCUUUUGCACUUUUAUUUAUUUUGGCCGGAGUUCAUAAUAUGCAUUGAUAAUCUCUACAUCAUACACAUCAUAAUCCGAAGACUACACAAUGGAUACAUUUAUUUUAUCAACAGUUAAUUUAUAGAUGUUAUCCCUAUGUUAUUAUUAUGUAUUAUUUGUCAAAGUAGAUUAACUCAGAACUAAACAAAAAUGGUUAAAAAAACAAUAAAAUUAAUGUAAAAAAAAAAAAGUACCAUUACAUGUAACAUGUAUGGUUACUGUAGUGACAAAAAGAAGACUUUUAUACGGUAAGAUGUUGCGAGGAAAGUUACGUGAAGACACACUAUACUACAUGAGAAUGUGAACGUGACACUCUCACCUACGCAGUCCCAGGCCAAGAGGGGGAUAUAACUGGACACGCCAUGGCUCCGCCUUCUCGCCCCCACCUCAUCCACCUGCUUUGUGACAUCACAUUCUAAGAAUGUUCGCGACCAUCAGUCGGUCUGUCUGUCAGUCACCAAAGCCCUUAGUGGUUAGUCACCACACUGACUUAAAUAGCGCACACUUUGAUUAACUUGCAGACACUGCCACCAAGUGGCUCGUUACAACACCAGUUUAUUUUCAACAACACUGAUGUAGGUUCAGAAAGCAGGUAAUACUUCCUUUCCCUGAAAUCACUGAAACAGUGAUUUUGACCUUCUUCCUAGGAGCUAAUGGUAGUUUACUGGUCCACACCUGAUAUCAGACACCCUUUUAGGUCAGAUUAAGAGGAAAGACAAAUUAUGAUUGCCCUUAAUUCGACUCAUUGAGUAUACUGUGUAUGUGUUACUGGAUUUUACAUAUCUAUCUCCCAUGGAGCAUAUAAUAUGUGCCAUAGACCUCUAAGUCGGUUUGACACGGGACCCCCCAUGGCCUGAGACUACGAGAGGUGUGACGUCACCCACAGUUGACCUUUGACCUUAAGAAACCUGUAGCGAGCGCCAGUGGAACUACCGGGAUGCCUGCCCAAUGAGUGACACACCACCAGAUAAGGCAGCGCAUGAAUGGUGUUAGAGGAGAGAAAUAGAACUAAUGUUGAAUUGGAUUAUCAUUAAUGUGGCAAAGCGUUUUUUGUUGUUUUGCAUUAGGCCGACCCCAUUUGUGAAGAUAAGGUAGAGGAGGGAAGAGGAUUUGGAUUCAGGGGUGGAUGGUCUCAGAUGGCGAACAGUUAGCGGGAGGGACACAGAAAUGUUAUGUGGGUUGUUUUGUUUGAUCCCAGCAGUUUCACUGAAUAAAGCCAACUUGAUCCAACAAAAUGAAA